AUGUAUGAUGAAGAAACUGCUAAAUGCUUUAUUAUUGACCUUACUGAAACGGAUAUAGCUGACGAUGAAUAUAAAAACAAUAGUAUAAAGGAAGAUAUAAAAUGGCAUAUUUCUUCUCCCGAAUCUGAAAAAAAUAAGGAAUAUUUCGAAGAGGAAUU